GCGAGAAAGAGUUUUACAGGGAUUUCAACUACCGUAACUGAGCAUCGUGAAACAGAUUCCCCAAAUAAAUAGAUCACCAUGAACCAUAACGGGGAUAUUUGUACAGCGACUGUAGAAGACGAUGACGAUGAUUACGAAGAAAUUGAGAAUUUCCAACUAUGGUCGACAUUCAAAGGUCGUAGCAUGUCAAGACCACACGGCGUUAAAGUGGGUCCAACGGGAGACAUACUGGUCGCUGAUCGUAACAACGGUCUGGUCAAGGUGUUCACUCUGCAUGGACGAUACGUCAACAAAAUCACAGUAUCAGAAGAUCCCAUCGACAUGGCAGUUCUCGAGGAAGACGUCAUCGCAAUCAGCGAUCACAAAAAGAAGACGGUUUUAGUGUGCACGAAAGGCAGUCAGGUGCUGAGAGAAAUCGGCAUGGGACUUUUGGUGGCUCCACUCGGAAUUGCGUCCAAACACAAACUGUUAUACGUUGCAGACUCCGGCGAUUCUAAUAUUAAAGUGUUUACAUUCAGUGGGGAACACGUUCGGACCAUCGGCUCUGUGGGUAAAGGUCAAGGUGAACUACUUGUACCAUGGUUCAUUGCAAUUAAUAAGAAAGAUCAAGUAAUUGUAGCCGAUGCGCUCAAUAAUGCAGUGAAAGUCUACACUCUAGAGGGCGAGUUCCUUUUCCAAUUUGGGAAGUUCGGCACGAGAGAAGGUCAAUUGAUUAAUCCCAGAGGGGUGGCUGUAGACAAGAAAAAUAACAUAUUCGUUACCAGUAACCACAUGAUUCAGAUGUUUGAUCAGAAAGGUGAGUUUCUCAGCCGCGUCGAUCUGCCGAAAGAUGGAAUGAAAUCUCCACACGGCAUCGUCGUUGCCACGUAUGAACCGAUCGAAAUCGCGGUGGCUGAUACCGGCAAUAACUGCAUCAAGGUGUAUGCCAAAGAAGACGAGCAGGACCGACUGCAAGAAGACGAGGUGGACAGUCUGCCAUCCCUAGCCCAAAUGGAACCAAGACGAAACAGUACCAUUGCAUCUCUGCCAUUGGAUUUCCACCACAAACCGCUUUUGAAAAGACGAAGCAGUGUUUUCUUCUAA